AUGGACCCUCAGGUGACGAGCAGUAAAUCACUGCUAACCGAGGACCCUCAGGUGAGAAGUUCUACAUUACUGUUAACAGAGGACCCUCAGUUGAGUAGUUCUACAUUACUGCUAAUCGUGGACCCUCAGGUGAGUAGUUCUACAACACUGCUAACCGUGGACCCCAAGUUGAGUAGUUCUGCAUUACUGCUAACUGAGGACCCUCAGGUGAGAAGUUCUACAUUACUGCUAACUGAGGAUCCUCAUGUGACUAGUAGUAAAUUAUUGCUAACAGAGGACCCUCAUGUCAGACGUUCUACAUCACUGCUAACCGUGAACCCUCAUGUGAGACGUUCUACAUCACUGCUAACCGAGGACCCUCAGUUAAGUAGUUAUACAUCCCUGCCAACAGAGCACGCUCAUUUCUCAUUACUGCCAACCGUGGACCCCCAGGUUACUAGUAGUACAUUACUGCUAACCGUGGACCCUCAUGUGACGAGUAGUACAUUACUGCUAACCGUGAACCCUCAUGUGAGACGUUCUACUUCACUGCUAGCCGUGGACCCUCAGUUAAGUAGUUCUACAUUACUGCCAACCGUGAACCGUCAUGUGACGAGUUGUACAUUACUGCUAACCGUGGACCCUCAGGUGACGGGCAGUACAUUACUGCCAACCGUGAACCCUCAUGUGACGAGUAGUACAUUACUGCUAACCGUGGACCCUCAGGUGAGUAGUUCUACAUCACUGCUUAUCGAGGACCGUCAGUUAAGUAGUUCUACAUUACUGCUUACCGUGGUCCCCCAGGUGAGACGUUUUACAUCACUGCCAACCGUGGACCCUCAGGUGAGACGUUUUACAUCACUGCUAACCGUGGACCCUCAUGUGACGAGUAGUACAUUACUGCCAAGCCUGAACCCUCAUGUGAGACGUUCUACAUCACUGCUAAUCGAGGACCCUCAGGUGAGACGUUCUACAUCACUGCUAACCGAGGACCCUCAGUUGACGAGCAGUAUAUUACUGCCAACCGUGGAUCCUCAGGUGACGGGCACUACAUUACUGCUAACCGUGAACCCUCAGGUGAGACGUUCUACAUCACUGCUAACCGAGGACCCUCAGGUGACGGGCAGUACAUUACUGAUAACCGUGGACCCUCAUGUGACGAGUAGUACAUUACUGCCAACCGUGAACCCUCAGGUGAGGCGUUCUACAUCACUGCUAACCGAGGACCCUCAGGUGACGAGCAUUACAUUACUGCCAACCGUGAACCCUCAGGUGACGAGUUCUACUUCACUGUUCACUGACUAUCUUUCAGAUCUUAGAGAGUCCAACAGCUACAGUGAUGCGCCGGUUUGAUAAAUACAAAAGAAAAAGUAUUUUCGUUUACAAACAUAAAAUUUAUUUCAACUAUGGAUUUCCAAUGACUGUCAUGCUAAUAACCCCUUUACAGCGUCCUAGAGUGUUUGCAAAAUAUUUCCAUAUCUGGUUUGAACAUGAAGCACCAUGAUGGUGCUUAGACUCUUUCAUUUUUCAAACCUCAUCUUUCCUUUUUCGUUUUCUCAACGGUCGUAAAUGAAUGAGAGGAAAUUGAGGGACUAGCUUCAAUUAUGAUCUAGAACAGCCCACAAGGAACACUAGUUAUGUCGCUUGCAGUGCUCAGUCGAAGACGAACAAAUGUUUUUGUCGCUUGAUAAACGCCGAAUACGGGCCACAGUUCCCGAGACUCGUCCACGUUAGUAAAGGUAUAUAUCUUUCUGUUCAUGUUUAUGUCAAACACAGUGAUAAUUCUGUCCACUCUGUUAAUGAAGAAUCCAAGUUUCAGGUACUUUUCUGUACCGGAAGUGGCGUCACUUAGACUUUCAUUAUGCAUUAUAUUGCCUCCAUUACUUUUGAAGAAGAGAGUGACUCCCUGUGUAACAGAACUGUGCGCAUUGAUAGACCACGCCUCCUUUUGUCGACCGACAUAGUGACUUUGAGCAAUCGCUUUUUCUGUUGCAAACGCAACCUCGAAAACAAGAUUUGUUGCACUUAAGUUUUUUUCUAUUUGGUAAUAGAUGUCAGUUUCAAAGUACAAUUUUUGUCGGUUUGUAAUUGCAGUUGACCCUUGUACC